AUAAUGGUUUAGCUGGAAUUUUAUAUGCCUUCUCUACUGCUUUGCAGAGUAGAUUUAAUAAAGCAAAAAAAAAAGAACCACUUAUUCUAUCAUUGAGAGAAAAGAAGAUCAAGUUGGAGACUAUUAUGUGCACUGUGCUGCCUCCUGGUCCUUCCUCACCAUAUGCCAAUAAGGUUGAAAAGAGAAGCUCAAAAGGGAGUCUGGUUCUUACAUUUGUCUGGAUGCUAAUGCUAUACAUGGACAUGAAAGAGCAAGACCUGGAAGAACAUGAAAACUGAAGAGCCACAGAACUUUGCUGUACCUGAAGCACAUCAUCCUCAUUGGCAUGGGAAGGAAAUUAAAAGCAGAUAAUUGAAUUCUGCCAUGACUCUGAAAUGCUAAAACCCCAGAAUUUCUCAUGCUCCGGAUCCUGCUGUUUUUGGGACUUUCCAGCUUGGACAGAUGCUUCUGGAGGAAUGAGGCCUUCCUGUCUCACAGCCACUUCUUCCAUUCGCUCUGGUUCCCAAAACCUCCCCUGAAUCAGAAUGGGCUGUGGGGUGACCAUGGACAAGAGGCUUUAGAAUCUGCUCAUGUUUGUGUGAUCCAUGCAACAGCCACAGGAACUGAAAUACUCAAAAAUUUAGUGCUGCCAGGUAUCGGUUCAUUUACAAUUGUUGAUGGGAACGAAGUCACUGGAGAAGAUGUCGGAAAUAACUUCUUUUUACAAAAAAGCCAUAUUGGCCAGAAUCGAGCCCAGAGUGCCACAGAGCUCUUACAAGAAUUAAAUAAUGAAGUCUCUGGAAAUUUUGUGGAGGAGAGCCCAGAAAAACUUUUAGAUAAUGAUCCAUCCUUUUUCUGUCGGUUUAACAUGGUGGUUGCAACCCAACUACCAGAAAGUACAUUGCUACGUUUAGCUGAACUUCUCUGGAACUAUAACAUCCCUCUGUUAGUCUGUAGGACUUAUGGAUUGGUUGGCUACAUGAGAAUCAUUAUUAAAGAACAUCCAGUCGUAGAAUCUCACCCUGACAAUGCAUUAGAAGAUCUGAGACUGGACAGUCCAUUUCCAGAGCUGAAAGAACAUAUUCAAACAUAUGACUUGGAUCAUAUGGAAAAAAAGGACCAUAGCCACACUCCAUGGAUUGUGAUUAUGGCAAAGUACUUAGCAAAAUGGUACAGUGAGAAAAGUGAUCAGUUACCUAGGAGUUACAAAGACAAGGAAGCUUUCAGGCAGAUGAUUAGACAAGGUAUUUUAAAGAAUGAAAAUGGGAUCCCAGAAGAUGAAGAGAACUUUGAAGAAGCUAUGAAAAAUGUGAAUGCAGCACUAAGUACUACAAAGAUUCCAAGGUGUAUUGAAGAACUUUUUAAUGAUGAAAAUUGUAUCAAUCUCACAGAGCAGUCACCAAACUUUUGGAUUUUAACUCGAGCUGUAAAAGAAUUUGUGGCAAAUGAGGGACAAGGAACUCUACCUGUUCGGGGCACUAUUCCUGAUAUGAUAGCAGAUUCUAGUAAAUUUAUCAAAUUGCAAAAUGUAUACCGGGAAAAAGCAAAGAAAGAUGUUACUGCUGUGGGUAAUCAUGCUGCUAAGUUGUUACAGUCACUGGGCAAGCCACCAGAGUCCGUUACACAGAGAGAAUUAAAAUUGCUCUGCAGCAAUUCAGCAUUUCUUCGAGUAGUGCGGUGUAGAUCUCUAUCUGAAGAAUAUGGCUUAAAUACUUUUAACAAGGAUGAAAUUAUUUCCAACAUGGAUAACCCAGACAGCGAGAUUGUGCUAUAUUUAAUGCUCCGUGCAGUGGAUAGAUUUCAUAAACAACAUGGUAGAUACCCAGGUGUAUAUAAUUACCAAGUGGAAGAUGAUAUUGGGAAAUUGAAAUCUUGCCUCAGUGGUUUUCUUCAGGAACAUGGGCUGUCUGUAACAGUGAAGGAUGACUAUGUUCACGAAUUCUGCCGCUAUGGAGCUGCAGAACCACAUACUAUUGCUGCAUUUGUUGGAGGAGCUGCUGCUCAAGAGGUCAUCAAGGUGAUUACGGGACAGUUCGUCAUUUUCAAUAACACCUACAUCUACAGCGGGGUGCCGCAGACCUCCGCUACCUUCCAGCUCUAGAGUCGCCCCGCCCCGCCGGGAAGCUCUCCGCCUCUCGCCGCCUAUUAAAAGUUCUCGUUCGCCCUCGUUAUGACGUCAUCGCGCGGUGUUUCUUCUCCGGCCGCGCCGGGCCCUGGGGGCGGGGCCGAGGGCGGGGCCGCCCCAGGUCAC